AUGUCCGUUUUCACACGGUUCCUGCCGUUGACCAGACGGACGGCACCGCGAGUCCUGUGGUCCAGGCAACCACCGUCACCACUCAUACCACGACUUCGGUGCAUCAAUUACCAACGUUCACUGUCUACGACCACCAUCCACCGCACAAGCGCGUCCAGAGCUACAUCAAGCACCCCAGAAGCCCAGCCAGCGCUUCCAGAAUUCAAUCUCACCUCCAAAACAAUCCUGGUCACCGGCGCCGCUCGCGGCUUAGGCCUGUGCAUGUCGCAAGCGCUCCUCGAAGCCGGCGCAACCGUCUAUGCACUCGACCGCCUCCCACCAGACCAACAGUCCCCAGACUUUGCCCACAUCGCCUCUCGAGCCAGCUCUGAGUUCGACACCUCCCUGCACUACCGCCAAAUCGACGUCCGCGACGUCGACGCCCUCAACUCAACCAUUGAAACUAUUGCCGACACAGAAGGUCGCAUUGAUGGCCUUAUCGCCGCCGCCGGCAUCCAGCAGGAGACACCUGCGCUGGAUUACGCUCAAGCGGACGCAAAUAGGAUGUUCGAAACGAACAUCACCGGCGUGAUGAUGACCGCGCAAGCCGUCGCCCGCCAAAUGAUCCGCCUGAAGCAAACCAAAGGCUCGAUGGCGUUUAUAGCGAGCAUGUCCGGCACCGUUGCGAAUCGCGGCCUCACUUGUGCCGCGUACAACGCGAGUAAAGCGGGUGUGGUCCAGCUAGCGCGGAACCUGGCGAGUGAGUGGGGAGGCCAUGGCAUACGGGUGAAUACGAUUAGUCCGGGGUACAUUGUGACGCAGAUGGUGGAGGAGUUGUUUCGGAAGCAUCCGGAGAGGAGGGACCAGUGGGCGCGGGAGAAUAUGUUGGGGAUGUUGAGUCGGCCGCAGGAUUAUAGGGCGGUUGCUGUGUUCUUGAUGGGUGAUGGGAGUCGAUUUGUGACGGGGGCGGAUUUGAGGAUUGAUGGAGGGCAUGCUGCUUGGUAG